UAGCGAAAAUAUUAUACUAUAUUAAAAUUUGCAGAACCUCUGUUACUCCAGUUAGUUUGCCCCAACGGCGAUGGCGUCAAAAGGUUCAACACCUCCGUAUCCCAGUGCUGCUAGAAUCGCCGAUUCUCAGUGUUUUCCGCAAUACACCGCUUCUCUCAAAUGUUUAGAAAAAUUUAAUUCUGAUAAGAGUAAAUGUCAAGAACAUUUUGAUCUUUACAAGGAGUGCAAGAAAAAAGAGGUUCCUCAGAAACACGGGGAAGAAAAUUAGUUUUCAUGGUGACUUAGCUAGUUACGUAAAGUUCAAUCAGUCAAUCUUUACAUCAAAUGGGCAAUUAGCAGCGGAGCCUUGUCAGAUCAAAUUAUGAAACUAAUGGCAUGACAUAUAUAUAAUACAAAAAGAGGUUUUCAAAACAUCAUGUUAUUCAAUGCUUGUGAUUUUAAAUCACAUGUUAUAGUUUUUUACCAAAUCUCUUAUUAUUUGAAUCAUAAUAACCUCAUCUAGCUUUGCAAAAUUUUAUGAUGUAAUAUUUGUUAUUUGGUUGGGUUGGGUCAUUAUUGUUUUCACUGAUUCAUUGUUUUAAUGUGAUUGUUGAAAUCAGUUAUAACAUGGAAAUAUGUAAAUUGGGGCUGGUUACUAUGAUUAAUCUUUAGUGGGAAUAGAUUGUAACAAGGUAUUUUAGGGAACUUGGUGUAUUAAAAUAAUGCAUUGGUGGCUAAAUAUGUUACUUUAGGGUGUAAUUCUCUAUGACGAUAGGUAAUCCGUAAUAAACAUGAUUUCUAUCACAAUUAGCAGGGAAAUUAUUAAGGUUUUGCUUCUUCUAAACUAAAUCUUAUGGGGUUUGGUAAUCUGCAGCAAACAUGAUUUUGAUAAAAAUGAGUACGAAACUUACCUCUUAAGUUUAUGCCUCUUUUAAAACACGUGUCAUGUA